AUGGAUUCUCUUAAUAACAAAAUUUUAAACAAGAGGGAGCACAAAAAGAAUCUUUUGAUAGGAAUAAGUGGUUCUGUUGCUACAAUAAAGAUUGCAGAAUUGGUAGAAAACUUAUCUAAAGCUAAUUUGUUUGAUAUCCGAAUAGUUACAACUGAAAAAGCGAUGACUUUUUUAGAUAAUCAUCUUUAAGAGAAAUUGAGUAACGUCUAAAUCUUUACAGAUAAAGAUGAAUGGGGAUAGUGGAAAAAGAAAGGCGAUCCCGUUUUACACAUUGAUUUAAGAAAGUGGGCAGAUAUUUUCUUAAUUGCACCUCUUUCUGCUAAUACUCUCUCAAAAAUAGCAACUGGAGCCUGCGAUAACUUAUUAACUUGCGUUGCUAGAGCUUGGGACUUUGAUCUAAAGUAAGAUAGAACUUUUGAUUUAGCUGAUUAAAAGUCUCUGAGGCUGCUAAAAAAACCUUUUAUAGUGGCUCCAGCUAUGAAUACAUUUAUGUAUCAACACCCGAUUACAGAAAAAUAGAUUAAUUAACUGAAAGAAUGGAAUAUAAUUGUAUUGCCUACAGUUGAGAAAAUUCUAGUUUGUGGAGACAAAGGACUGGGAGCAAUGGCAGAAGUAUUAACAAUAUGUGACUCAAUAAAAAUUAUUAAGUAGUAAUUAGAUCAAAACUGA